AAUAUCAACACCCCACGAUGUCACAAAUCUCUCUCAUCAUUCCGUUUUUACAAGCUUUAUCCAGCGAUCCAGCAAGCUAUAGCAGAUAGUUAGAAUAGCAUACAGAAUGGGAAACUGUUGUGCCACGGAGUCGUCUAUGAAUUGGGGUGGUGAUGAUUGGGGUUCUUUGUCAUCGAAGAGAAGGAGUAUGAGUUCGGGGAAGGUGUUUGAUGAAGUUCACGAGGCGAGUUUGGAGAAGGUGGAGAAGGAGAAGCUGUUGGGUGCGCUGAGAGCUUCUUCUGAUGCGAAUGGGAAGGUGAAGAUAAAGAUCUCGAAGAAGGAGCUGGCACAGUUGUUGGGAGGGAAAGAGAGUGAUAAGCAUUUGGGUGAAGAAGGACACGCUUCUGCGGAACAGGUUCUGGCUCGUUUGAUUCACGCUAGAGAUCAUUCGAGUAACGAGUACCAUGAUGUUCAUCAUAGACCUUGGAGACCCGUGCUUCAAAGUAUACCUGAGGUGAAUUAGCUAAAGGUGGUGGGGUGUGUAGUAGAGGUUGAGAGAGAUUACUUUAGGUCAUUUUUUUAUUUGUUUUCCAUGUUUUCAGCUUGUGUUUUUCUUCUAUGGUUGGGAAUGUGUCAUUUGUAUAUUCGUCGUUCCACUUGAGAAAACUCAAAAUUGUAGAUCGAGUUUCUUACUGCAUUAUAUAUAUGUAUAUUAUAGUUUAUGGUGUACGUAAGUAUAUGUAUGAUUUUAAUAGGGGUUAUUGAUAAGAGACCGAAUCAAAGAAGUUUCGUGUAUUCAUCAACCAUGACGCGAACAAACAAACCUGUCCAGAAGAUAUAAUAUGGCUGUCUUUUUUGCUGUUUUCA